AUGUGCACUUGCUCGGACGGAGAUCAAAAGGACGCGGUGGGUGAGAUAGAAAGAGCGGUGGGAGAAGAGAAAGGGUGUGAUAAAGCAGGAAAAGUCAAAACGAGCUGUGUGAUCCACGCCGAUUCUCACGGCCUCGGUCACCAGGAGGCACCGGAACUAACCGAUCUCAGUUGCUUCGUGAUCCGACCCGCCAUGUUGUUGCCUUCAUUGUUUCACCGGAGCCUGCGAAUUGAGCCAUUAAUUGGUCGAAUUGGUCGUUCUCAAGCACUGCUUCACACCAUUUGGCACAUCAAGUGUGCAUUAAUUAGUGAACACGACGUUUCCACUCCCAGAAUCAGCAAGCUCGAGACCCGACAGCCAUCCAACUAG